AAAUAAAAAACUUUCUUAUAAAAAACAUUAUUUGAUGCAAAAGGAGAGUGAAAUUUGUAUCAAAAAAUAGGUCGCCAAAAUUCGAUUGUGCGAUCGGUAAGGCUCACAUGUUCCAUUUAAAUCAUGCCACGUACACCUGCAUUUUCACAAUCAAUAGAGAGAUAUUUGUGUGAUUUAUUUCACAGAAAUAGAAAGUCUCGUUUGCUGUCCCGUAUUACAGAGAUUUAAGGACUGUUACGCGUGUGGGUUAAAAUAUCACAGUAUGCUAUUAUUUCAAAUUAUGCCAUAUGACACAAUCAGCCACAUGACACUCUCAAUUGAUGUUAUUUAAAAUAAUCAUAGUGUCGAUGAUCGACAUUAAAUGUCAUAUAGUUACAAGACUUGAAACUUGAAAAUUCGUGCAAGUAUUUCUUAACGAGUGAAUUGCAAUAUUCAAAUACCUAAAUAUAUGUAUAGCUAGCUUUCGAAUACUUUAUAUGUUUAGCAAUUCUCGGCUAUUAAAGUAUCUAUUAUUCUGAAAACGUCAAGCGCUGCAGGAGGUCCGAAUUUUUGACGAUGUUGCGACAUGCUGGACAUUCGGCGGGCUCUAUUAUUUCGAAAGAUAAAGUCAAUAAAGUCGACCGUUAAUUCAGUGCACGUGUUGUACGUCACGUACACCGUGGUGGCCGAAAUGGAUCGUCGAAGUCCCUGAACGAUCCUCGUGGAAGAAAAUCGCCGACGUCGCUGUCGAUCGCGGUAGUUAUGCUUGACUGGCAGCGGAAGCCAUCGACCAGUACUGUCAUAUUAUGCGAAGGCUGUAUUAGGUCGAAAUGAAGGCAAUUUUCCGAACGAUCGUGCGUGAACGAGUCAUAGAAACGACUGUUUUAUCGCGGCAAAUUGAGUGAGUGACGCAGAGACCUGUCAGCGGGAAAGGUUUCCCGAGUUGAGACGAUUUGUGUGAAAAUUUAAUAUAAAAUGUACGAAAGAUUUGUUGUGGGUGUUAAGAGACGUUUGAGGAUGUGGAAUAAUUAUUGAAGCAAUGUGUACGCGCUUGAAGAAAAGAGAUAUUUUAACAGUGCAUCUGGAUUUAAAAGUUCUUUGCCAUCAACAUGUAUAUAUCAUCAAUUAAUGCCUUUACAGCCAGUUGGCUGCUUCUCUGCUUGAUUAAACCGCUUUAUAGUGAAGCUGAGAAAUCACACGUGGUUCCUUAUGAAAUAAACAACACCAUGCAUCGGUCCGAGCGAGUUUUUCCUGAAAAUCAGAUUCAGUCUAAUGUCUCAAAACUUCCACAGUAUAUCUAUCAUCGUAAUUAUCAAUCUAAUUCAGUGCCAUCUGAGAUAUUUGAGAAGAACAUGCAUCCUGUAGACUAUGUGAAGAAAAAUGUGACAAAAUCUAUGCCGGAAUAUCGGGUAAGAAAAAAAUACAGAUUAUAUAUUAUUAUUUUGAAACUCUGUACAUUGAAAAGCAUGGAAAAAAGAAAGCGUUUCCUGCAGUUGGAGCAACGCUACGAGGAGACCGGAAGAAGAGAUAAAGAGAUAAUGCUAAAAAUAAGUGUAUUGGAGAAACUAUUGUCCGAAGAUACCAAAGAGCAUGACGUUGAGUCGAACACGGUCGAAGACAACAUGAUCGCGGAAACGAGCAUCCCUGAAGAAACCAAAAGGGUCGUUAGACAAGUUCGCAAGCAACGGCCAGGAUUCUUUUAUACUUUAGCGAGACUCGCUUUCGAGACGUUCAACGAUACGCGAUCGGCGAUUCAACAAAUUAGCAAUAUUAUCGGCGAAAAUUUCGAACCGGAUACAACCGUGCGAUCGCCAGUAGUCAGCAGUAAUUCAUUGCAAGUAAAUGAUGCGACAACGGUCACUGCAACGUCGAAUGAUCAAAAUGAUUUGUCCAGUAACGUGGCGAGCAUUAACGUAACGACAAUGACGACGACAACUAUGAGAACAACUGAAGCGCCUUUCAGAUUCACGCGAAACGGACUACAAGAUAUAAUAAGUAGAAAUUUGCGUGGAUUAAUGAGACUCUUUAAUAUCGAAUGGCAAGAUGCUCUAAAUCAAUCAGACAUAUCUGUAAGAGAAUUUCAAAGAAAUCUCGGAAAUCAAAUAGGCAGUUUCCUGCAAGAUAACCCAAACGCUUUUUAAAAGCAACGAAGAUAAUAAAGAGAAUAGUACACUAAAUAAAAAUAUUAAGGUCGAGAAGUUGUACAUAAUAUAGUUUUGUAUAUAAUAUAGUGAGAUUUAUGACAAACA